CGCCGCGAGCCUACGUCGCCCUCAGCCAGCCCCCGCCCCACCCGAGCAGACUCGCCGGUGUUCGCUGCGCGCUGGUCACUUCCUUCCUCGGCCGGGAUGGGCGGCGCGGGAUUGAGUGAUCGGCCUCGCGUCGGGCGGGUAAUCCCCAUCUGAUCUGCUGCCUGUGAGCUGCUGACUGCCGGGGCGCGAACGCCUGGGGGGUCCGGGCAGCGCGGCGAUGACCUGAUCCCGAGCCCGCCAGGGCGCCCCCUCCUUCCCUCCCUCCCUCGCUCCCUCUGAGCCUGUGCGGAGACCUGCUCGGUGCGGCGGCCCCGGGCGGACCAUGGCGGGGAGCUCCAGUUAAAGGCGUGUGGGCGCCGAGCUGGAGAGGACACCUUCGGCAUCGCUGCCUUUUGAGGGGGCUUAUUUAAACUACUGAGUCAUUCCAGAUUUAGGAUUCCCUAAAUAAUCACCAACUGUGCCCGUCUCGUGCCGGAAAGCAAGCGGAAAGAGAAAGAGCGCCCGCUCUUGGGACCCCGCGGAUCGCCUCUCGCGGGUUUCUCCCCGAGGGUGCGUGGCCCUCGAGGAUCUCCCUCCCUCCCCCCGCCCCCCUCGUCUCCCGCUCUCUUUGCAGUGCUGCUGGAGGAGAGUCGCGCUCACCGCAGCUGGAAACAGCUGCCCCCGCCCCGCGCCCCUACCCUGACUCUGGCAAACCGCUCCCACUUCGCGCCUCUCGGAAUUCCAGAACUCGGGCGGCCAGCCCCUGGAGAACCGCAGCCGGUGCGAUGCAUUCCGUAGACCUCACCAAGCCGGGACGGACCUCCUAAUCUCCAGAACUGCGGGCCGCAGGGAGUUAAAUUGCUGCCUUCCUCUCCUUCUCUCUUGCGGUUGGUGGCUUGUUUUCUAAAGGAACGUUUUAUUCACUUUUUAGUAUUUUCUACCGGGGGCACGCUACCCUCCUCGGUCCAGAAGCUGCUUUGUAACCGGGUUUUCUAUGUAUGUAUGUGUAGAUAUACUUUGGACACCUUACGACGAUUGCGCCUCCCUAACAGGGGCACGGCUUGUUAUUUCGGACAUCCUUUAGCCCCUUCCACUUGGUACCCUGAACGCAGUGUGACCAAACUCACUACUACCCCUUGGACGCGGAUCGUCUUGGGGUGCAAGUUUGGGGUGCACACGUCUACUUCGCAGGAAGGCCUGGGACCGCCCCGCCCCCGCCGCCAGCGGUUGGGGAAGUUUACAUCUGGAUCUUCACACAUUUUUUGCCACUGCCCAGACUCUGACUAACCUUGUGAGCGCAGGGUUUUCUGUACUGCAGCCUCCUCAAAUAUUAGCACUGCCUCCCCGCUCCUGUCCUAUCCCUCCUAACCGCCGAGGUCCUGCCCUCGCCCCGGUGGAGCGCGAUUCCGAGGGCGCCGUGGAGCCUAGGGCCUGGGGCCCGCGCUGAGCUGCUAUGGCUGCGGCGAUAGCCAGUUCCUUGAUCCGGCAGAAGCGGCAGGCGAGGGAGUCCAACAGCGACCGGGUGUCGGCCUCCAAGCGCCGCUCCAGCCCCAGCAAAGACGGGCGCUCCCUGUGCGAGAGGCACGUCCUCGGGGUGUUCAGCAAAGUGCGCUUCUGCAGCGGCCGCAAGAGGCCCGUGAGGCGGAGACCAGAACCCCAGCUGAAAGGAAUUGUGACAAGGUUAUUCAGCCAGCAGGGAUAUUUCCUGCAGAUGCACCCAGAUGGUACCAUUGACGGGACCAAGGAUGAAAACAGUGACUACACCCUCUUCAAUCUAAUUCCUGUGGGCCUGCGUGUGGUGGCCAUCCAAGGGGUGAAAGCCAGCCUCUAUGUGGCCAUGAAUGGCGAAGGCUAUCUUUACAGCUCAGAUGUUUUCACCCCAGAAUGCAAAUUUAAGGAAUCUGUGUUUGAAAACUACUAUGUGAUUUAUUCUUCCACACUGUACCGCCAGCAAGAAUCGGGCCGAGCAUGGUUUCUGGGACUCAAUAAAGAAGGUCAAAUUAUGAAGGGAAACAGAGUGAAGAAAACCAAGCCCUCAUCACAUUUUGUACCAAAACCUAUUGAAGUGUGUAUGUACAGAGAACCAUCACUACAUGAAAUUGGAGAAAAACAAGGACGUUCGAGGAAAAGUUCGGGAACACCAACCAUGAAUGGAGGCAAAGUCGUGAAUCAAGAUUCAACAUAGCUGAGAACUCUUUCCUUCUUCCCUCUCUCAUCCCUUUCCCUUCCUCUUCCCUUCCCUUUCCCCAUGUCCUUCCAAUAAAACCGCCCAAGGAGAGAAAAAUAAAAUGGCAACACAGGACCUAGUAGCUAAGAUUCUGCACUCAAAAUCUUCCUUUGUGUUAAAUAAGAAAAGUGAACCAAAGCUUGCCUAUUGCAAUGUGGUAGAAAAUUCACAUGCACAAAGUUAGCAUACAUAAAAGCAAAGGAAAAAUAAAUCAGGACUCCACAAACAUUAAACUGUGUUGUUAUUAAUAGAGGGCUACUUGAUAAAUAACUACAAUAAAGAUGAAAAGAAGUUACCUAGAAGGAAAGGGUUUUUGAGAACUGAACUUAAAAACUGAUGUUAGACUCUGAAUGGCUUCAACUCUUGAUAAUGCUGUGAUGUGUGGUUUUGUUUAAUUUUGUAUUUCUUUGGACAUCUAGAAUUGACACAAAAUGCAUCCUUUUUCCGGGAUUUUUUUUUUAACCAUGAAAUUGAACAUAUAUGAAAUAUAAUUUUCUAAUGCCUGUAAGGUGUAUUACCAGGAACUAUUUAACAUCAAGGAAAACUUUAAAAACUUACUCUUGAACCUAUUAAGAUUGUUUUUUUGUUUGCUUUUGUUUUCCUAAAAGAUUAGUCUUAAAUUGAAUCUAAUGGUAUUAAUUGACUUAAUUCCUUUGUAAAGAAGAGUUUCAAAUUGUCCUAAGAGAAUAUAUUUUUAUCAAAGGUAUUAAUCCAGGAUCUCAUUUUAUUUUUUAAUCAUUUAGAAAACAUUCUUAUCCUCAUGGUCUUACUUUUGGUCUUAUUUUUUGCUUUGUGGACACCUUUGAGAGUAUAGGUGCAUGUCUAGUUGUUUGGAGAGUCUUGUACCAUAUCUUGCAACAGGAAAGAAAGAUGGGUUUCACAUAAAGAAAUAAGUCCAAGGAAAUGGGUCAAAACAAACUGUAUUUUCCUUUGUACUUUGCUGGAGUUUUAUGUAUAUAGCGUUUUCUAAACUCUAUGAAAAAAUGGAGGCAAGGCUAUGAAUUCCUAAAUUACUGUUUUAUGAAACCAGUGGAUUGUUUGUUGAUAUAUAUCCUCAUUUAUAAGUUCCAGUUGACAAUAAGUGUGUAACCUAGAAGACAAAAGAGUUUGAGCUGUACACUGAAUUUUCAGGGGACAUGGAGAAACAAUAUGGAAUUAGCAACUAUGCCUCCUACAGACUGGGCUGGGAGUGGCUUAAGGGAAUGAAAAAGAACUCAGUAUAAGAGCAAGCAAACACACAGUUAACAAAACUAAAGUAUUAGACAAAAAUAUUAGCCGAGAAAUGAAUGUUAUACAAUUGCAUUGGAAUAAAUAGAUCUACUUAGCCCUAUAAUUCAGGAAUCGUGUAGAGACAUCCAAAUUAAGCAAAAUAAAACAAAACAGAAUGUUUAAAAAUGUAUGCAGAUUUAUGGAUAUUAUUAACGAGAAGAUGUAGCAUGUAACUUCUCCUAUAUCUCUACUGUCCAGCAUGUCUUGUUCCAAAUAUGACUCCCUAAAAUAUAUAUACUUCGCAGCUCUAGGUCCUCACUUCCAACCUUGCCAUUGAUUGCUGUAUUCUUUCACGGUCAAUGUAGUUUCCCUCACUCCACAUGAUCAUUAUUCUUCAGUAGUGGUUCUUGUCCUUCACCAAGUAUCCUAUUUGUGUUGUCAGGAGGUUAGCAGAAAAUGAAAUGGAGGAAUUUGCCUAAUCAAUUGGAAAGAAUAAAUAUUAUGCAUCUAGGCAAGGAUUUUGAAUACACAUUUGCAAGUGAUAUUUGUUUAAUCAAAAUAUCUGGAAAGUAACAAACAAAUGAAUUUAAUAGUUUUUUUAGAAAAAGAUGUAUCACUCUUCUAGGAAAAGAAUACCCUUGUUAAAAAAAAUUGCAAAUCUGGCAGUAUCUUCCUUGUCACCAUGGUUCAACUUGAUUAUACUUAAGACACCUGUCACUUCCAGGACCAAACAAAUCCCAAGCUCAAAGCCUUAUUUUCUUUGAAAAAAUUAAAAAGAGGCUUCAAUGAAAUAGUUCACAAACUCUUUUAGCAUGAAAUGGCCAGAGCUUCUGUGGUGAUGCACAUGGUCUCAUCAGCAACACAUGCCGUGGUUUCACAAGUAACACAAUCAAUAGAAUUUACAAUCGCUUACACUGAUGAUUUCAUGAGAAUAUAUUUAGUCAAGUUUAUUAUGAAAAAUAUGAGAGAGAGAGGAAUCUCCAACAGAAUUCCUUUCUCUGCUUAUAGUGACCACCCAUCAUUUGUCAUGUAGAUCCAUAUCUGUCUCUUUCCUGCAAGCAGUUAAGAAGCAGAGUUUCAACCACCCAAUCUGAGUAUUGUAUUUUCUCCAUAUCACGUUAAGCACAUGUUCACUGCAAUGAAAUAUUCUAGAAAUUAGUUUUAUUUUCAACUCAUUUCAGAGAAUGCAUCGAAAAACCUAUUUAUUUUACACAAUAAAUGUGAGAAAAAUGGUGGUUCAGAGCUCAGGGUAAAGGUUUACUUAACUGCUGCUGUUUUGAAAGCACUUUAAAACCUAUAGGAGUCAUUAUUCACUAAGUUUUGAAAUUAUUAAAUAUAAAACUAUAAUUGUCUUCAAAAAUGAGUCAGUUUUAAUAUUUUGUUUUUCAGUUUUAUUCCAAAUAUAAUUAUUAAUUACUUUGAGUUUUCAUUGUUCUAAUUUUGGGGUCUUUAACUCAUCUGUCUUCUCCUUCAAAUGAAAAAACUUUUUAGAAAAAUGCAUUGGGAGAUUCCAAGGAAAAACAUUACUUUUAGUAAAGCUUUGAAAUUGUCUAUGCAGAUAUAAAUUAAGACAUGGUUACUUUGAAUCCUUACUGCAGUGUUUUAAAAUCAAGGGACUUGAGAAUGAAAACAAAUUUUUGAGAGUCUUAUAAAAUAGCUUUCUAGUCAAUAUACUUAACUUGAUUUUGAAACUAAGUUCAAAUUACAGAAACAAGUCAUUCUGAAGUUCCAUUUGCUAGUUUUAAAACUUUUGUGCUUCAGUAAACUGGAAGGCAGCAAACCAUCCUACACUUUAUCAUAGUAAUAAUUUUGGUUUUGAUUAUAUAUAUGAAAUUCAUAGAACAUUUUUAGCCAUUAUGGAUUGGCACAGUAAAGAGACAUCAAUGUAAUGUAAUGUGAUUUGUUAUAGGCCUCAUUCCAAUUUAGAAAAUUUGUUUAGAAGAACUCUUCCUAAGAAAAUGACAACUCAGUAGCUCGGUAUUAUAUCUAUAUUGACGAUCCUGGGGUGCCAGUAGUGGGAGAUGAGAGUAUUAAGACAAGCGUAAAGGAUAAAGAGUGACUUGAUUGUUGUUCAUUGAAAUGUUUGGAGAUUAUAGUUUGGGACCACUGGUUUCUUGGUGAAGAGGCAUGGCAACAUCAUCAGUAAUUUUUUUAAACAUAAACCCAGAAAUGCAAACCCUCCCACCCUGUUGGCUUACUCUAUAAGACCUUGCUCUUGAGAAAGUUUUUUAUGAUGUUGCUUAGUUUCAUCUGCAAAAGGUGAGGCCCAGUCAAAUAUAAAAAUUCCCUGCUCAUUUUAAUACCAUUAAAGGCUGAGGUUAUUUCUCUGUCAUAAAAUUGUAAAUAGCCUUUUUUUAAGUCAGAAUCACAUUUAAAACAGUGAAUUGUUUGACAACCAGAUAUGUGUAUAUAUACAUAUGCUUCUGAAAUGAGGAUAUAUUAUAUAGAGUUUUUAUUUGAUUUGUGAUCUUUAGUCAUAGUUAAUCAAAAUAAAGAGAUUUGAAUGCAAAACUUUAUAUAUAAAUGUAUAUUUCUAAUGAUAGUUCAAAUUGCCACUUUAUAUUUAAAAAAAGAAAGAUGUGGGAACAAUAAUCAAAGCACAUAAUCCUUCAGAUCUUGAAUGAUUUUUAAUUCCCUCUUUGAUGCAGAGAUAAUUUUUUAUUUCUAACAAGUGAUCUUGAAAAGCUACACUUCACAAAAUAAGACUUCCCAAUACCAUACUUCCCAGUACUUCCCAGGACAAGUUGUCUUACUUGAAAGUUUUAUAGAUUGAAAAUUUAUGGUUGAGUAACAGGGAAAGAAUGAUAAAUGCUGACCUUUAUCAGGAUUUUUCCCAAAAUCCAAGUUAAAUUUCAAUGUCCCUAUUCGAAUCAAGUGAAAAUUGCAGAUGUCUAAGGAUGAUAAUAUUGAACUUUAGUGCCAUACAGAGGCAAAAUAAGAAUAUUUGACAUUAUGAUAAUAGCAUUAAAAUAAUGUUAUAAUAAACAUUGCACCAUUAAAUGUUUUAUUAGUUGUAAAAAUGAGCUGAUGCAUCUUUGUCUUUGCUCCAAGCACAAUUUAAGGACAGUGGCUUCCAUUUUAUUCAAAGUUGAUAAGAAAGUUCAAAAUAUAUUCCCAAGACCAAAAAGGGUAUUAGCUCCAUCUCAAGGUUAAAUGUUACAAUCUUAAGAAACUUGACACUGACAUGUUUAAUAAACAUAUUCUAUGAGAAACUACGCAAAUUAAUGAUUCAUUUUUACAUUAAAACACAAAUUAUUCAAGUCAUUGUUUUUUGAGACCAGAUUUGUAAAAUGUUUAUACAUCACAAGCUUCCUUGAAGUGAAAAGAAAUUAAAAUCUUGAGAUACUCAUGCAUGUAGACAAAAUACUGGCACUUUUUUUUUUUAACAUUAAACUUCUUUGAGAAGUCUCUCUUUCUCUUUUUUUUCCCAGUGUGUACCCGAUGAAGUGUUGCUGAAAAAGUGUUUUAUCUUGUAUAGAAAGAUCCAAGGUGGAUUUACAGAUGGGAAAUGAGUCAAACUUUACUGAGCAGUCAAAAGUAAACUUUAUCAUUAUAAAGCUCUUUCUUACAACUGGACAUACUGUUUUUGUGGAUUAAGAACUAGAGUACAUUUAUUUAUUUUUUUAUUCACAGUUUACCAACUGGACACUUGACUGAGUUUGGGAAUCAUAAACUAUAAGAAAAGCAAGCACAUAUAUAAUGUAAUAUCCCCCAAAUAUGUGAUAUAAUUGGUAUAUGACUAAGAUUUUAUGUGCCACUAAUGAUACAAAAAUGAAUGUAAGAGGGAAAAUAGGGAAGGAGGAAAAGACAUUUACCAUGUAAUAAAAGAAAUGAUAAGAGGCCCUCAAUUGAGGAAAGAGUUUGAAUAAAAGGUACACGCAAAACAUGACUUACUUGGGAAAUACAUAUGAAUAAAACAAGGAAAAAAUGUUCAGAAGAGUUGGUGGGGAAAAAAACUGAAUCAAGAUUAAUAAAAAUCAAAAGUAAUUCAAAGUUUUGUCCA